AUGGAUUACUCUGAUGAUGAUGGCAUGCUCGAUACAGAUUCAGGUGAAGAUAAUUUAUACAGUGAAAACGCUGCCGACGACAGUGAUCCUGGAUUCGCCGAGGAAGGCUUGGACAACAAGGAUUCCACAUCUCAGCUAAGUUACGUAGUUCUUAACGAAGAAGACAUUCGCAAGCAUCAAAGGACCGAUAUCGAACAAGUUUCUAUGGUUCUCUCUAUAAGCCAAGUUGAAGCGAUCGCUCUCCUUCUUCACUAUCAGUGGAAUGUUAGUAAAGUCGAAGAUGAAUGGUUUACUGAUGAAGAAAAAGUCCGUAAAAGCGUCGGUUUAUUGAAGGAGCCUCUUGAGAUUGCAACGGUUUCUUGUGGUCAUUCAUAUUGCAAGACUUGUUGGACCGGUUACAUCACUUCGAAAAUCAACGAUGGUCCGGGUUGUUUGAUUUUUAAAUGUCCGGACACUUCUUGUUCUGCCGUGGUUGGUCAUGAUAUGAUCAAUAAUCUUGUAACCAUGGAAGAGGAUAAGGAGAAAUAUAACAAAUAUUUUCUUAGGUCUUAUGUCGAAUCUAGCCAGAAGAAGAUAAAAUGGUGUCCAUCACCUGGAUGCGAACACGCUGUUGAUUUGGGAGGUGAAAGUGAUGAAAACUAUGAUGUUUCUUGUUUAUGUUCCAAUGAAUUUUGUUGGAACUGCUGCGAAGAUGCUCAUCGUCCUGUGGAUUGCGACACGGUGGCCAAAUGGAUAUUCAAGAACAAGGAUGAAUCCGAGAACACGACUUGGAUACUUGCCAAUACAAAGCCUUGUCCUAACUGCAAACGUCAGAUCGAGAAGAACCAAGGAUGCAACAAUAUGAUAUGCUCCAUUUGCAGACAUAUGUUUUGUUGGGCUUGUCUUGGUCCAUUGGGUAAUCACUCUUGCCACAGGUAUAAGGGUGAUAAGGAGACUGAAGUUAAGCGAGAAAGGGCGAAAGAGGCAAUCGAUAGGUACAUGCAUUAUUACGAAAGAUGGUCAAGCAAUCAAUCUUCGAGGGUAAUGGCUAUGGCAGAUUUGAAGAAAUUGGAAUCGGUGCAGAUUAAGAAGCUUAGUAUCAAACAUGGCAUACCGAAAACUCAACUCCAAUUCUUCGUAGAGGCAUGGCUUCAGAUCAUUGAAUGCAGAAGGGUCUUAAAAUGGACAUAUGCAUAUGGAUACUACCUUUCUGAGAAGGAAAGUACCAAGAAACGAUUUUUUGAGUAUUUACAAGGAGAAGCUGAAUUUGGUUUGGAGAGGCUACAUCAAUGUGCGGAGUUGGAGUUUAAACAGCUCGUCAAGGAAACUGAAGAUUUUUCUAAAAGUUUCGAAGAUUUCAGGAGGAAGUUAAUUGGUUUGACUAAAGUAACCAAAACUUACUUCGAAAAUCUUGUGAAAGCUUUGGAGAAUGGUCUUGCUGACGUGGAACACAAUGAGAGCAAUUCAGCAACAAAGAGUAAAAGACAAAAGUUGGUCUAA